CAAACAUCAUUUAAAAACCACAACAUUCUUCAAAGAAACAACAUUAAGCUAAUAGAAGAGCAAUAACAAUUAAAUCAAUAUUUUGAUUUUUAUUGCUUUUUCUAUAACAACAAACAACAACAAAUGGCUUCUCUUUUUAACAUCACUUCCCUUGUAACCCUUGCUCUUCUUUCCUCCCUUUUGAUCCAAGGUGUCCUAGGAGGUAUAACAUGUGAGCAACUUAACAAGGAGGAAUGCGCAUUUGCGGUUUCAUCUAUAGGAAAACGUUGCGUGCUAGAGAAGUAUGUGCGAAGGAAUGGGAUGGAGGCGUUUAAGUGCACCACCACCGCCGUCGAAGCCGACAAGCUUAAGGACUUGGUUGAGACUAACCAUUGUAUUGAAGCUUGUGGUCUAGACCGCGAUACACUAGGGAUCUCUUCUGACUCUCUUCUUGAGUCUCGCUUUACCCAAAAGCUUUGCUCCCCGGAAUGUUACAAAAUGUGCCCUAAUGUUAUCGAUCUCUACUUCAAUCUUGCUGCUGGUGAAGGUGUAUUUCUUCCUAACCUAUGCGAGACAAAAAACCCAAGGAGAGGGAUGUCUGAGAUCAAGAGCUCGGGCAUAGCUGCACCAGGGCCGGGAUUAGAUAUUCAUGCCGCUAAUUUCUUCGGCGCACCAAUUGGGUCUCCUAUGAAUGCUCUUGAGUUGGACGUUGUUGCUCCAGUUGUCGCUCCAGUUCCUGCUCCAGCUUCCGCUCCAGUUUUCUCUCCAACUAUCAGUGCUCUUGAGGUUGACGUUGAUAUUCCAAUUUUUGCUCCAGGUUUUGCUCCAGUGGUUGCUCCAGUUCCUUCUCCAACUUCCGCUCCAGUUUUCGCUCCAUCUCCUAUUAAUGUUCUUGAGUUGGAAGUUGAUGCUCCAGUUUCUACUCCAACUUAUACUCCAGUUGAUGCACCAACUUUCGCUCCAGUUGAUGCUCCAACUUUUUCUCCAGUUGAAGCUCCAACUUUCGCUCCAGUUGAAGCUCCAACUCCUAUUAAUGUUCUUGAAUUGGAAGUUGAUGCUCCAGUUUCUACUCCAACUUAUACUAAAGGUGAUGCACCAACUUUCGCUCCAAUUGAUGCUCCAGCUUUCGCUCCAGUUUUUGCUCCAACUCCUAUCAAUGUUCAUGAGUUGGAAGUUGAAUCUCCAGUUUCUGCUCCAACUUACGCUCCAGUUUCUACUCCAGUUGAUGUACCAGCUUUCGCUCUAGUUGAUGCACCAACUUUCGCUCCACUUUAUGCUCCGACUUUCACUCCAGUUGAUGCACCGAUUUCCGCUCCAAUUGAUGCUCCAACUUUCGCUUCAGUUUUCGCUCCAACUCCUAUCAAUGUUCUUGAGAUGGAAGUUGAUGCUCCGAUUUCAGCUCCAACUUAUGCUCCAGUUUCUACUCCAGUUGAUGCACCAACUUUCGCUCCAAUUGAUUCUCCGGCUUCCGCUCCAACUCCUAUCAAUGUUCACGAGUCGGACAUUGUUACUCCAAUUGUUGCCCCAGUUUUCACUCCAGCUCCGUCUCCUUACUAGACAUCUUAUCCGAUUUUCUAGCCUUAAGUGCAGAUGUGCAUGGAAAUAGUUUUACAUGGAAGAUUGGAUCGAUCGGAAAAAACCAUACUUAAUAGGAAAUUAGGGAGUUUUACUUUAGGUAAAAUUUGAUACCUUAAGUAUACUAUACACAAAAAAUAAAUCGUUGCAGUUGUAAAUUGAUGGGUAAGUUAUUAACUUAUUACCAUCAACUUGCAUACACAACCUAUGUAGCAUAGUAUCAUAAAAAGUUCAUUAAAGCUCAUCUUCUACAAUUAAAAGUGUGUAACUCAUGUGUAUGAUAAAAAAAAUAUUGAUAAAUAAAGAAUUCAUAGUCUUUGGUAAAUUAA